AUGUCUGCACCUAAUCAGUAUCCUGAUGAUAUCGACUGGCCCGUCACUAUAUUCUUGAAUAUUAUAUUAAUAUGUUUAGUUGUAGGCAUGUGCUUUCUCUUGAAAAGAGCAAAUAGGCUCAUACCUAAUCGAUUCAGCUUUCCUUUGGUCACAAGACAAGGAGGUAUCCAGUUAGGACAAGACGAAGAACGUGGUCUGAUGAGUGGAUAUAGUGAUGACGAAUACAAUGACGCAGAAGUCAUUGUCGACCAAUAUCACCAUAGAGAUUCGCCGCAAAGAAAUGAAGAGGAUGAACUAGAGGCAAGACUAGCAGAGGACAGAGUUGAGCAUACUCCUACUACUGUUUCACCACCAUUACAAGAAGAAUCAGGACGAUCAUAA